GACGUUCCUUUCCCUCCCACACCUUUUUCGCAGGUUUCUGGUUCGAGAGGACCUUACAAACCCCAACCUCAAGCAGACGCACUGCGCACAGGCUUCGUUGCAAAGUAUAGUUUGCAGCUUAUAUUCUUGGUCAAGCACGAGGUAUCGACACCCCACCAGGCAAGCAACCCUGGCUGAAGAGUCGCUUUGAACCGCUGUUUCUCUUAACCCCUACAGAUCCUGUCUCGCACCUUCAUAAAUCCACGGCCGGUGGCUUUUUAUCAAAAGACGGAUUCAUCGAUACGGGCGGCUCGGACACCUCAAGUCGAGUACAUCUCAGAGGAAAAAGUCACGGACAUGGUGCUCGCGGUCGUGACCAUGAAAACGUGGAAGGAUAUGCUCAAGAAAUGGAACCAGGGGUUCGUGUAUUGGGUAACUGCUGUCCUCAUCCCCAUCCUGCCGACAUUCUUCGAGGCGCCCUACAGUCGCUUCUUGUCUCUGAUCUUGGGCACCAAUUGCCUUGCUUGCGGCGCAAAAGCCCAGGUCUUUCAUGUGCCGCUUGGGAGCACUUUGAUCUACUGGGCGUUGAACGAACCCAUUACUCUGGAGCUAUGGUUGGACGUCAUGAGAGUCCGUGUCGACAACGAUGUCAACGAGCGAACUGGACGACCACCAAGAUUUUCCCGCACGUUGUUUGCUGAGGUCAAGCAGCAUCGGCGUUUUCAUUCGGACGCAAUGUGGAGAUUGCUGGAUACAGGGGACAGGCUCGCGGCGGACAAUGACGAGAAUAUCUACAAGGCUGGCUUGGGAACAGUGAAAUCUACGCUCCGCCUAGCGCAAUACUGGCAAUGAUACGCGCGAUAUCCAUCCAGGGCAGAGUGAAGGUUUACGUUCUCGCUGUUGUCACCGCGCGCCGGCCCAUUACACGACGAUGGACGGGAUACUCCUGGGCACGCGACCCAGACGCCGAAGAGUAUCAGAGAGGCACUUGCGACCUGACCAUCGUAUUGUGCGGAGCCACGCGAACAUCGUCUCGAGCGGAGGAAUACUGUUAGAAGAGGAAGAAGCAGUGUAGCCGACGAUGUAUCAGUUACCGUUCAUAGUCAUUAGAUAGUGUUAGUCAGCUUAGUCUUGUACCCAUCUCUUGGAGAACUUGCCCCUUUUCUGGCCCGCAACUCUUCUCAAUUUUCGGCCAUUUGUCAACCCCCAAUACUUCUCCACAGCCAGCAGCUG